CCUCCUGUAAUUCCCGAAUCUCACACCCAAAAGUUUCCCACUGCCCUGGUCCCCCAUUCAAUUCUUCCAACUCCGCCGCUUCGCCUCGUUCCGUCCGCCGCCCCCAUGGCGUCCGCCGCCGCCACGACCACCUCCGCCCCCGCCCAGAACCUCAAUCCCCUUAGUAUCAACAUCAAGCUCCCCCCAUGGCUCAGCGGGCUGCGCUGCCCCUUCACCUUCGUCUGCCCGCCCCCGCCCCCGCCUCCGCCGCCGCCGCCGCCUCCUCCCCCGCUGCCACCUACGGAACCCGUGGUCCCACGGUCGCGGAGGUUACCAAGCCUGCGGGUGACCACGGAGUACGAUAGCGAAGAGGGCGUGUUUGUGAACAAGGUGUCGUGCAAGCUUGCGGGGGACCUCGCCAAACUGCGGCUCUCCUUCCAGAGCGACCCGCAGGGGCAGUGGCAAGGGGGCGGGGAGGAAGGGGACCCGCUACAGCAGCUCUUCGCCGCGCCGUUGGUGGGGCUCAUCACCAAGCGUUUCUCCGUGCUCUACGACGUCGAGGCACGCAACGCGCUGCUCCGCGGAGACUGCUCGCUUCCCGGAGGCGCCGUCCAGCUCCGUGCCUCGCAUGAUGUCAAGGCACAACAAGGAGAAGUUUCGGUGAUCACUAGUUUGGGUGAUCCAUUGUAUAAAAUGGAGUUAUCAUCUUUGGUGCCUUACAGUGGUUUGCCAAGGGCAACAUUCCACUUUCCUAUUGGUCAAGUUUCAGUGGAAGAGAAGAGAAAUGAAGAUGAUGAGAAGGUGCUGUCUGUAUAUGGGAUUGGAAAAUCUGAUUUCUUGGACGGUGUUCUUACUGCUCAGUACAAUGAAAAUGAUCUUAAUCUAAGAUAUUGUUAUAAGGACAAGGAAUUAACUUUAGUUCCAAGUGUCUCGUUGCCUUCCAAUGCAGUAUCCAUAGACUUCAAAAGGCGUUUUGGUCCUGAUGAUAAGUUGAGAAAUUGGAACCAGUUUCACCACGAAGCUUGUCUUGUUAGUUGUUACCUUCAUCAAUUGCUGUAUGCAGCACUGCAUUUUCUUGCUUCAAACGAUGCAUUGUUCAAACAAACUCAAGUGACAAAUUCAAAUCAAAUACAAGUUUACUACCUUCCUUUCUAUAUUGUAAUACUUACAGUGUCUCCAUCUUGCUAUAGCUUCUUGGAAUCACAAAAGGAGAUGGAGACUUCUACCGUUACAUCUUCGACACUGAUGAAUGGAAUGCUGUUUAUAAACAUAAAGUGGGUAAAAAUUUCAAAGUGAAAGCUGGUUAUGAUUCUGAGGUGCGAGUCGGAUGGGCUUCUCUUUGGGUUGGAGAAGAAGGGGGCAAGGCGAAGACUGCGCCAAUGAAAACAAAACUUCAGCUUAUGCUUCAAGUACCCCAGGAUAAUCCCAGAAAUCCUUAUUUUCUCUUCAAUGUGAAGAAACGAUGGGAUCUGUAAAUAGGUGUAAGUUAUCCAUUAUGUGGACUCCAAAGGCUUCGGCCAACCUUUUGUUGCAAUCUUCGUAGGUCAACAGCAACACAAUCCAUGAGCUCUUUCUAUUUAUCAUAUAUUUUCAACUACUGUACGUAGUUAGUACACAGCGCCCCAAGUAAUCCAAAAUUUAUGUAAACUCUAACCCUAAACCCUAAGUACUUGUUCGUUUUGUUCUCAAUCCAUGUAGAUUGAGUGGGAUUAAGUGAGUUUCAAUUCUAAUCAA